AGGAGUCCUGUUUCUCGUGAGCAUUACCAUGGAGGAGGCUGAAUGUCUGUGGUGGAGAUCGGAUUCUGCCAUUAUUCAUAUUUUCUUUGGUGGAUACUAGAUAAAGAGCAGAGAUCUUCAGCCAACAUUUUUUGUUCUACACAGGGAGCUUGAGGAGACAUGGAUGAAGCUGCUGAGUUGAAUGAAGACGUAUUGGAGGAAGCAGAGCAUCUGGCACAUUUAGAGCCAGAGGAUGACGGUACAUUCUUUCAAGUCACCAACCUCCUGAACAUCAUGGACAGUGAAUCAGCAAAGACAGACACCACAGGGCCAUGCCCGGACAUGCGGAAGACCUUGGCUUCAGUGAUAAUCACAGAGAAGGCUACCACUGACCCCUGUGUGGUGAUGAACGCUCUCAUCCGCUGCCUACAGGUGCCAGAGAUUUCUACCCAGCGCAAGAUGAACAUCUACAACAUCAUGCAGGAGAUCAUCCAGCAGGAAGGGGAGAUGGAGGAGCGCUGUAUACAAAGGCUGGUGGCCAUUGCCUCCAAGCAGAUGCGGGCUAUCACAGAGACGGAGGGUUUCGAGACCGCCGAGGUGGCCAGUGAGACCCUGGUGGCUCUGUCCCGAAACCACUUCAGCUUGGUCAUGUAUGAACUACAGCAUCAUCUCAAGCCCCUCAACCUCACUGACGAGUUUGUCAUCGUCACUCUGGCCAAGUUGGCCAAUGGCAAUGUGUUUGAGUUUAUGCCGUACAUGGGCAUCACCCUGGCUACCAUAUUCACGAUGUUGAGACUUGCCAACGAAGCCAAGAUGCGCCAGGUGAUCUGUAGCGCCAUGGAGACAUUCUGUGAGACGGUGCAGUUUUACCUGAGGCACCUGGAGGAUAGCCUGUACCCUGUGAUGACUGAGGACCAGUUUGCUGUGAAGCUCUUCCCAAUGUAUCGAUACUUCGUGACCGUGUGGCUGCGCCACCAGGACCUUGAGGUGAAACUGGGGGUCAUCAAGUCUCUCAGGCCCAUGCUGAGCCUUCUCCUGCCUAAUGACGACUUGAGGGAACAGGUGUACGACUAUAUCCCCCUGCUGCUGGCUGAGUUCCAGGGUGGCCUGGAGGCCCUCUUCAUCACACAGGUCCUGAGGCAGAUUCUAGAAGCGUCAGUUACCACCAACACCCCUAUUCCCCCGAUGCUGCUACACCCCAUUUUCACAGAGCUGCACGUCCAGGUGUGCUCCAAGGCCCCAGCCCAGCAGCAGUUCAGCAGUCAGAACCUGAUGGAGAUCGUGCACUGCUUCAUAGCCCUGGCCCGCUCCUACCCCAAGGAGCUGAUGAAGUUCUUCUUCAGCCAGGUGGAGAUGAGCAAAGAGGCUCUCCGUGUGGGGACGCUGGCCCUGAUCAGGGCCGUAGUGAGCGCAGAUGACCCCAAAAUGAAUAUCAAGACCAUCUACCUGGCCAUCCGGGUCGUCAAGAACACCCUCUCUGACACUCGGUCCAAGGUACGGAUGGCAAUCCUACGAAUCAUUGGUCAGCUGGUUCUGUCAGGCUUCCAAGAAAAGAUCAAAGGCUGGGGUCUGAAGUACGUGUCUGUCCAGCUCACCUUGUCUACCUAUAAGCUGACAAAUCGCCGGGAAUGCUUCUAUCAGAGGGAUUUGGAAGAGAAGAUGGUCCACAAAGUAACAAUGGAUACAGUGAAGAUCAUAACUUCUUCUAUCAGUGGCAUGACCAAUGAGUUCUGGGUGAGGCUCCUGUGCUACAUCAUGGAGACAGACUACACUGAAGCACUGACCCCCAUCUGCAUCAGCCUCACGAACCUGGCCGAGAACCAAAUUCAUGGCAAAGACACGGAGGCUGGGAUAGCUGGAAAGAGCAAGCAUGUGGACCUGCCUGCACCCCAGAAGCUGCUGGCCCGUCUCCUGGUGCUGAUGUCAUCACCCUACAAAGGAGAAGGUCGUGGCAUUGCCAUGCUCAACCUCCUGAGGACCCUAAGCCAGAGCAUUGCUCCCUCCAUGGCUGACAUGUGGGAGCAGGAGAUCCCGAUGCUGGUCCAGUACCUGGAAGAGCACACUGAAUUUACCUGGAACCAGAAGGCCUGGGAGGAUAUGCUGAUUCAGUUUCUGAGAAACUCCCUCAAGAAGACCCGUGGGACCAGCUGGAGCCUGCGCCUCAGCAAAGAGCUGAACAAUCAGAUUGAGACCUUCGACAGCCCCUCUUUGGAAAAGGGUUUUCUGUACAGGGCCCUGGGUUUCACCUUAGGCAUGGGCCUGGAGGCCGACAGGGUGGAGGUGCUAUUGCUGGAGCUACUGUACAAGACGGACUAUAGCAACGACUUUGACCGGGAGGGCGUCAUCCUGUGCUUUGGCCUGUGUGCCCGGGGCCAGGUAAAGACAGUGCUGAAUGUGCUUCAUGACUUUGAGGAGAGGAUCCAGGAGUCGGAGCAGUCCUGGCAGAUUGGUGCCUGGAGGAAGGACCACCCCUGGAGGCGAGAGACCGUGAAGAGCGCCCUGAUGGUGAUGUACAGCUGUGUGUCCUCUUACUGCCACCCCCAAAUGCUCCUCACCCAUGUGGACAGCCCCAUCACCGCUAAGAUCAUCCACCAUUACUCGAGCAGCUGCCAGGACAUCAGCCUCAAAAUGGCCUUCAUGAAGAGUGUUGUGCAGGUCACCAAUGCCAUCAAAAGCAUCCAAGACCCAGAGGACUUCCAGUUUGCCCACAAGUCUGCUCUUACUGGCCUCAUAGUUGCGAUCAUCAAAGCAGAAACACCUGACCACUUGGUUUCUCCCGUGAGGUCGAUGGCAAUGGAUGCUCUCUCGCAACUGAGCAUGCUGAAGCCUUUCUACUCUCCAGAGGAAAGCACAGAGUUGAUGGAUAUCAGCAUACACACUGUCAUCUCUCUCCAGCCCCCAGGGGAAGACAAUGAGUCCGUUAAGAUCCUGUAUGCAAAUGCCAUGAGUUCCCUAAAGCAGCUGAUGGAGGGCCUCCUGCAGAGACAGCUGGACCCCAAGGGGCUGCAGGACACUGUGCAUCUCCUGGAGAAGUGGAUCCUGUCCGAGAAAGAAUGGGAACGGGAGAAAGCCAUGGCCCUCCAUCUCCAUCUCAUGCAGAUCUACGUUCAAAGCAUUGGUGUCUGUAUCCCCCUGAAGCUGGGGCAGUUUGGAAUACUGGUUGGACUCAUCGCUCCGUGCACCUGUGACGUCCACAGAAGAACCCGCUUGACCUCGAUUAAUGUCCUGGCCAGCCUGCUAGAUCUUCAUGUUAGCCAGACGUGCUCUUUAUGGGGAGCUUCCAAGGAGCAGGAACUACAGAAAUGUAAGGAGGACCUCCAGGACACAGACAUGGACAAGAUUUCCAGUGCUUCCUCCAGAAUCGCCAAGGUGGUCUGCCCAGAGUUUAACUGCGAUGAGGUUGUCUCUCUCAUCCAGAAGCUCUGUGAGAACAUUGGGGCCAUGGACCUGCAGCACGACAGGGCUGCUGUCACCUGGAUAGGCAUCUUCCUCCAGAUGCGGGUCAAGGAGCUGGAGGACAAGGUGGCUGAGAUACUGGGUGCCAUCUUGGUCCACCUGCCAGUGGUAGACCACCAAGAGGUGAGGAGGCAUCUCAUCGAAGGCAUCCUCCUGCUGGCACACUACCACCAGGAAACUGUCCUCACGUCACUCUUGAGGCAGCCGCUGCCCAUGGAAAGCCACCUGACCGAGGUGUGGCUGGCUGUGGCUGAGAACGUGCCCUUCGCACGGACCAUGCUGCAUGGCUUGCUGGGCCGGCUGCAGUCAAGGUUCACUGCCAAGAUAAAUGCCACCUCCAAGGCUGACAUCUGGCGCCUGGCAGCCGUGGACCCUCUGAUGACUCUCUGUACCAUCCAACUCCUCAUGGAAAAGAUGGACCAGGAUGAUAAGUUCCCAGACCUGUUUCCUGACCUGCUGUAUACCUUCCUGCUGCAACUUGGUAGCAGCCACGGGCCAGAAGCUGCCUCCCCUGUCCUGAAAACCUGGAGGCUGGUCCACACAGGGCCGCUGCCCCAGGAGAUGACCCUGCAGAGGAUCACCAUCAAAUCCAUGCAGCUUUUGGUCAAGAGGAUCAACAGAGAGCCCCUGGAGCAGGCCCUGGAGGAGCAGUCUGUGUGGUCUCUGCUAGAGAACGGAGGCACCUUCCUAGAGGGAGUGAGCCAGAUGGCCAGGUUGUGCAUGCAGAACAUGGAGAACUACAUGCAGAGGCUGGCAGAGCUGGUGCUCACGGGCAUGGGCUCUGAGGUCCUGAGCUGCUGCAUCAGCAGCACGGCCAUCUGUGUAGAAUUCAUGAGCGACCCAGUUUUGCACCAGGAGAAGCUGCUGAGGCCGGUGGUGCUGAUGCUGGAGAAGGGCGCGGGGCAGGACAAAGAUGAGACCCUGCAGGUGCUCUCUCUGCGCGCCUUGGGCAACAUGGCUCUCGGUGCUCCCCGGAAGGUGAAGCAGUACCGAAAACUCCUGCUGGAGAAGUGCCUGGGCUCCCUGCAGGGACAGGUGAGCAGCAGUGCCACCGCUGAAGGCAUGGAGGCCCUGACCAAGGUCCUGGCCGAGCUCCGAGAGGGGGAUAUAGGAUCUUCGUUUGAAGCCAUCUCUAAGCAGUGCAGGGCUUUCUUCGACAAUGAGAGUGAGCUGUUGCGGUUGAAGGCCUUCGUCCUCUUUGGGAGGCUUGCAAAGGUGGUUGGAAUUUCCAAGAAGCAUUUCUUCAAAGGGGAGGUGAAGAGAGGCUGGGUCUCCCUCCUGCUGCACUGCCAGGACCCCUGCCCCAGCGUGGCCCAGGCAUGUGUGGCCACCAUGUUUCAGUGUGUGCAUUUCUGGGGCUGGAAAUCCCUGGACAGUUCCUUUGGUCACAGCAAUGACAGCAUCAAUGACCAGAUGACAGUUUUUCAGACAAACAUGUGCUCCGUCCUGGCUCAGAAGAAGCCUGCUGUUCUCUGUAGCUUCCUGCUGGAAACAACAGUCUUCAUGAAAAACAACUUGUCUAGGAUCAGAACUGCUGCCUGCAGCUUGGCAGGAAUUAUCAUGAAGCAGCUGUCUGCCCAUUAUCUGAAGAAGAUGGACCUCGUGGGACUUCGGAAUUCUCUCCAGGACCUGCAGCUGGACUCAGAUGCCGGGGUCAGGAGGGCGGCCUUGGAGACCCUCAAAGUCCUGGACAGCUGCAAUCAGCACUGGCUCUUGGCUUCACCCAGAGGACUGCCGGAGCUGUCUAUAGCCAGAAAGAAACCUCAGCAGAACUGGCCAAACCUACACCAUCUCAGCCUUCAACCCUUAAUCGAUUUACUAGCAGUUUGACACCAGCGGCUUGGCUGGUGGCCAUGGCCAAUUGCUGACUUGCAGGUACUACAAAUGUGGUCUUGGCUGGAAGUGUGAGAAAAAGAGAGACCGUAGGAACCAUUCUAAGGGAAGGACAGGAGAAAAGUCCGCCCUUCAGCCUUACACUGAAAACCAUCCCAAGAGGCAGUAUACUAACAGUUGUCAUUCUGUUACCACACACAGAAUGAUUGAAACUGCUCAGGAAGACUAGCUGCUGGCAACCUCUACAGUAGAAAGAGGCCUCAUGGGUGCUACAGGGCUGCAAGAGUGUUUGGAAAUAAUUCAGAGUUGUUUCAGAGAUUUCCUUUAAAUCUUGGGAUUCCUUCAUGUGAGUGAAUCUCAAGCAGUUUUAGCUGGCUGUCUCUUUAAAAAAGGGAACGGCCCUAUUAACUUCAGGGAUCACCGUGUCUGGGGCUCAACUGUAGGUUUCAUAUGCAAGUGAUGUUUCAACAGAACGUGGCGCACAAUUCUAGAUGGCAUGCCACAGCGAGAAAAGAACUUGAGGCAAACAGGUCCACAGGGUCGACUGACAUUGAAAACGCUAACAAUACAACUUUAUUUGCAAAACCACACCAGGCCCUUUCCACAGUGCCAGCUGCCCUGGAGGGGCGUUAAGGGCAGACAGGUCAAGCAGGGCAGCACACAAGCGAUGCAAAGGCGGUACAGACGGUUGUGGCACAGCAUGUUUGAGGUGCGUCUGAGGCCAGCCUAGGUGACAGUGACAGAGACCCCAUCUAAAACAGAACUAGAGGCAAGAGGGGCAGGGGGAGGCAAGAUUUUUACUUUAAAAAAUUUUCCUAACAAAAAUCACCUUUCCAUCCGGACCGAUGAGAGAUAAUUUUAGUACAAUUCCCGUAGUUCUUUAAGGCCUGCCACUAUGCCUGACGUCUACUGCACUGCACUUGUGUUUAUGCCCGCCGUGGGAACUCUCAUUGUCACACUGCAGUGACAGCGAUGACAAAGGUUGCUGCUGCUACCCCAGCUGUGUGCCCUGGGGUAAGUCAGCCCCAUCUGAGUGAACUUAGGAGUGGGCAGACACAGACACACACUGUCCUCAUAAGAGAAACAGAGACUGCUCACAUCAGUGUCACUGAGGGGUCCUUAGGUGGAUAGAGUAAGGUCUGUAAAAGGCUUACUGGUCCAGCACAGAAGGAACCAGCUUUAAUAUCCUUCAUGUUGUCACUGAAUGUGGAGAUCUGUUAUAGCUGAAGGAGAAGGAAACAGAAAAUGAAGCUAUUGAGUGUUCAGUGUGGCUGAAGAUGGGACUAGAGAAGGCAUCGGGUAAAGGCCCUAAGGAUAGGCCAUUGAAUUCAGGGAAGUGGUGAGGACCAAGGACGAAGCUCUAAGUACUGUGACUCCCACCAACCAGCAAACUGAUUGACUUUACAGAGAGUAAAGUCAAGGUCUCCUCUAGCGGUCGGGCGAGAGAGGUCUCCAGGCUUUGGUAAAAAUCAAGAUUUUCUCUGAGUAGAGUACCAGGAAGGUGGGACUUCAAAGGUGGGGCAUGUUGCACAUGUCUUAGGAAGGCUGAGGCAGAGGGCUACAAGGUCAAUCAGUUUGGGAUACAUAGCAAGACAGGGUUUAAAAACAAAGUAGCAGUAUUUCAUUGGCGCUAGAGCUGGAGGAAGGUCCAGACGGCGGGGCAAGGGACACAGCUGUAUUCCUGGGACAGCGGGGGACAUAAGCAAAAGGCUGAGGACACAGGCUGGGUGAGGAAAGCAGGUUCUGGACUAAGGCCUCCGGUGGCCUUCCUUCCCAUUGGAAUCUCAGGUUACCCUGAGGUGACCUGGACACGAGUACGCUCUCAGUCCCUUCCGCAGUGUCUGGAGCUGGCCACCGGGGCACCGUGGUGGGAGUUUGGUCUAGGAGGCUGAGACAGCUAGACAAGCAGCUCAGGCCAAGAGCGAAGGGAGCCUGCUGGCGGGCAUACCCUGCCAGGGAUACCUGCCACACCAGGUGACCAGAGACCCAGCUAGUAUUGUUGAAGUCUGAGGUCUGGCCCUGCUCCUUGUAUCGAUGGCUCUACCCCAGGUGGGUCCCUUCCCUUCUUGGCAGUUCAAUCAGCUCAUAAAGUGUUGUACCCAUGGAAAUAAAUCCGAAAACAAAGAUUAGCCUCAGAAUUUGGGAAACGGAGGCAGAGGCAGGAGGAUCAGGAACUUGAAGUCACCUCAACCAUCCAACGAGUUCAAGGUCAGACCAAGCUAUGUAAGACUGCCUCAAAAACAAAACAUCUCCCCCACCCCACCCCCAAACCAGAGCUCCUGAGACUAAGCCAACGGGUGGGAGCAGGGUCCGGGCUAUUACCCAACCCAUGGACUUACACCAUGUCCUCCAGAAGGGCACUUACCUACACAAAAGCAGAAGAGAGGAAGGUGAAGAUGGGUGUGGGGAGCGGGGAGCAAAGACAAUGUAAGCAGUUAAAGUCAAAAGGAAAACUGCCAUCGAGAAUCCCCUGAAUAUGAUUUAGAGACAUAUUCGAGGCUGGCUGGAGAAGCCCAAGGCAGAACAGAGGUGGCGCUGUGAUAUGGUGCGGGGGAGGUGGCUGGGCAGAGGCCAAGUGGCUACUGGGAGCUGCAGUGAAAGAUUGUUCAGCACACUUGAUGCUCUGGGCCCACCUCCAAAGAGAAAAGCGUCUGCCAAGUCUUCUCCCUCAAAGCAGCUACUGACUACACAUCAUGUCCAACGGACAAACACGCAGCCAGCAGUCAGGACACUCAGAGCCGGCCUGCUGCUCCCGAGGAAUCUGGAGACUUGGCCGGGUAUGACAACUUGCGCCUCUUUGUUGACAACCAAGGGCCUCUCACAACAGCACUAGCAGUCUGUGCAGACCUGUGACCCUCAACUGCAGUUGAAUCCUGUGGAAUUCUUAUGCGCCAGUCAGGAGAUGGCGACCAUUUCUGGGAACUCUGGAGUGGAGAGUCUGGAUUUAAUCUUUUCAAGUGCUCUGUUUGACCGGGAACAGCUGCAGCAGCUUUCACUGGAGAUAGUCUGCCACACAAAGUCACCUUCGCAUGCCGAGGUGACACCAGACAAUACUUCUGAUAAAGUCUGUUGAAUUCUUUUUUAAGCUCGUCAUAGUGACCUCCACAGUCUGGAAAGUCCGGUGCUGAAAUGGCUGUACUGGGCCAUGCUGCCUUUCUGAUUGGUUCAGAAUUAUGUUCUUGAAGAUGGCCAGACCUCUGUUGAGAAUGACCUGGACUUUGUGACGGGCUGUCCUCUGGAGAAGGGCCCCUCCUUAGGAGACAGCUAUUUGUCUUGACAGACCUUCCCCUCAGGUCUUCAAAAGCUUCACCUGGCCUCUCUGUCUUCUCUCUGCUCAAAGGUGAACUCAGCUUGUGGGUUUCUACACUCUGGCGGCUGCCUGGGCUUUUAGAGCCACCUCUGUACAUGUCUGCAGCCCAAGACUGCGUAGGGCCAGUCAGGCGAAGCCGUUUCUCAGGAGAUGGGCAACAUUCCUGAUGGAGUUUCUCAAAUUUGAUUUUAACCUCUCUAUACCAGUUCUCUACCUGACCUGGAGGCACCCUCAGCCUGGGAGCCAUUUUAACGGGUGAAAUUAACCACUGUAAUGCCUUCACCCUGUCUUCUCGCCCAAGGUGGUUUACUGUGCUUAAGCCCAAAUACUUCUGAGGCAGCCCCUGGAGCUCCUUCCAAGCUGGACUCAAUUUAUGGACUUGGAGUUUGCUUCCUUCAAGAGGAACACUUUCCAGUUCUAAGCCUGUCUUGUCUGUCUUGUGGGGAUCAACAUGCGGCAAGUUCUUGGAGUCCCUUAAUACUCUGGCCUCUUUCCUGGGCUCUGAGCAGUGCAGGGGCCCCUUCCUAGAGCUCCUCUGGAAGGGUUUGCUCCUGUGGCAGUAUGUCGUGUUCUUGUGCACCCCAUGCUUUCGUGAGAGCCUCCUCUUGAGCUUCCAGUUCCUGUUAAUGGAGGUCUUGGUGGAGAUGAUGCACGACGGCUUUGAGCGCAGCAGCCUGCUCAUGGAGUGCAUCAUGCCUUCAUACAGAUCGCUGAUUGUCACAUUGCUGAUGUCAUCAACCUCAGGGCACUGGUUGCUUACACUGUUGCUGCUGGCCCCUAGUAAGGAGAAGCUGUCAUUUCUAGUCACAAUGGUCAUGUCAGCUGGGCAAGGGUAUGAGGAAGCCUGGUCUCCGCAGGAUGAAGCAGACCCUUCAGGACCACCAAAGCUCUUUGCAGGGAUACCAUCCUGGCAUCCUAGGGGAGAAACAGACAAAGUCAAGGGAAACCGCCACUCGAUCCACCCAUCCUUACCCACCGAGCAGGGAGCUGGUGAGGGCAUCGCAAUCACGACAGUUUAAAACAGCACAAAUAAAACCCCAGAAGGGUUAAGGAAUAAACUCUUCUUGGAAGAUUUCAUUUCAGCAAUCAAAAUUGAACUCCUGUUUUUCACUCCAGGUUUGUUAAGGGAGUCUCCUCCUCACACUGUUUCGAGAUGGCUGUCGGCUCAAAAGCCAAUACAACACGCAGACACACACACACACAGAUGUAACCCUCAAAAAAUUAAUUAGAAAAAUUCCACCGAUGCAAACAUUUUAAUAAGAAAAGUCAACAAAAGGGACAGAAGAAAGAGGCGACUCAGUCUUAAGAGCACUGGCUGCUCUUCCAGAGCCUCAGCGUUCGGUUCCCAGCACCCACGUGGGGCAAGACAAUGCAACUCCAGCAGGGCCCUCUUCUGGCCUCUGUGGUCUGUGGCACCUGAACAGAAACACAUGCAUGCAAACACACAUACACACGCACCACAUAUAUACAGCAGAAAAAAGAAAAAAAAAAAAAGAGAGAAAAAAAAAAAAAAAGAAAAAAGAAAAAAACCAAACAAAACCCCCAAAAAAACCAAAACCCCAAAAAAACUCCUGACCUUUAGAGGAUGGCUGAGAAGGUAGGACCUAUGUAUGCAUGGUGCAGCUAUGACUUCUGCAUUACAUGAGUACUUCAUAGAUCUCAAAGAGUAAAAUCCAACCCACAGAAACAGGAAAAGCCUCAAAUGGAGCACUGGAGACAGGCUGACACGGUGAUGGCCACUCAAGGAGCUGCUAAACUCAGUGGGUGCCACCCGAGUGGGCCUAAUACAAAAAUGGCCACAAAGGACAUCAUGGGUCAGUUGGUAAACUCGUGUCAUGCCAAUGAGAAGUUUCUGGCACAUUUUGAAUCUUUUAUAAUCAUGGAGAAUCACCCAGUUCUUGGAAAGUACAUGUGAAAGCGCAUGUAUAAAUCUAUACCGCCUGUGUACAUACAUGUGUUCUGGGGAGGGUCAGCGAAAGGGCGAGGAUAAAUGCUGCCUGUGACACACAAGGCAGAUAGGCGGCUGCUGCUCACUCCUGUGGUGCAGAUUUCAAAUGUUCAAACUGAUGAGGGCAAAGGUCUAUACAGCAACUGGUAUAAUGACUUCAGAGGGAUAGCCUGGGCUACAGUGAGACUAUACCAGAGCAGUCUUUGUUCCCAGGACAGCACUUGUCGAUGACAGUUCCUCACACUCAUGUGGAACACCCACCACAGGUGAUACCAAGUCUCCAGGGACGAAAGACACAGUUCACGUCAAACCACUCCCUCAUACUCACCAGGGGCUGGUGUGACAGGUGACGUCCAGGAAGGAAAGCAAGUCGUGACCGUGUCUUUUCCAUCUCCCUUCUGUGUGUUCUGAAAUCAGAACCAGUGAUCAAAAGGGUUUCGGAUGUUCAGACCUUGUGUUUAUGGAUCUGGGCUCUCUCUAAAAACACACUGUCCUUAGAUAACAUUAGUUAUUCCCACUUCAAAACAAGUGCGCACCAUAAUGCUGACUAGUGUUCAAGCCCCAGGGGGAACUGGUGGCCCCAAAACAUGUGACCUCUGCCUACAAGGGCACAGAGACCUUUGUGGCAGCUACUCCUGGCCCGGCUAUCAGUGGCUCUUGUCUACCAUUACACUUGGACUAGUCAGAAUAUCCAAAGGCCAUGGAGAUGGUGGGCAGAAGCCAGACAAUUGGGCCUAAUUCUGACUUUUUCCUUCGAUCACAGAACAGCCAGAAGUAUACCAUCUAUUGAUCCAGGUGAAGGGGAAUGUACCUCAGGGACAGUAGUCAAGGGAUGUCCAAACACGGGCUUCAGCUGGUUACCAGCACAGAGAGAAUGUUGACUUCAUGGGGACCCACAGCCACCAUGAGAGGGAAAGUGCUUGUUACCUGACACUACUCUUCAGACAUAUGGCAUUAGGAUGUUAGGGUGUCCUUUGUUUCAUGAAAGAUGCCAACAGAAUUUGGGCAUCUAGAGGUGACCAACUCCAGCUAUUCUAGUUAGCAUCAGCGGUCAACUUGACAGGGCCCACAGUCACCUGAAGAGAGUCUCAACUGAACAGCAGUCCUCAUCAGGUGGUUGUCCGCAUGUCCACGAGGUACUCGGCAUAUCCGUGAGGGGCUGUAUUGAUUACUAACUGACCAAGGACGGCCCAGCCCACUGUGGGUGGCAUCCCUUGGCAGGUGGCCCUGGGCUGUAGAAGGACCCAGCAGAGAGAAAGCGCUGUGGUGUAGCAGAACGAGCCUGUGCUGGGAGCGAGGCUAUUCCUGCAGUCGUCUUCCUGCCUGCCUUUCACUCAGCUCACACCCAGAACAGCAGGCUUGGGAUCAAAGAGGUUUCACCAGGGAAGGUGUGGGCUAAUUCCUCAACUGCAAAGCUAAGAUUUGUUGCUGCUCUAGGAGUCCACGGCCCCACUGGAUCUGAGCUAUCACAGGACAGUGGACAAGUCUCCCCCAGCAUGAAUCCCAUUUCCCAGGUUUUCCUGAUGCUAUCAAGGCCCCUGGGGUGUUCACUGUAGAAGGGAAAGUCUGAUAGCCUAUGGAAAGCAAGGAAAUAAUCAAUCAGACCCCUUCACAGGCUCUGAGAACAGUGCACUGGAUCUUGACGACUGUGCCCCAAUCUGUUGUUAAUGUCUGGUCAAGUUACCAGCACACGCGCACAUAGAUUACCUUAAAAUAUUCUGCGUCCUGAAGCAGUAUAUCCACCUGGGUCAAGUACUUCCUUCUUAAAUCAGUUUUCAAGGUGUUUCCGGGCACUGUCAGCUGAUUAGAAGGAGAGGUCAGAAUAUUCAGUCAGAAAGCAGGUACCCCAGCCUUGUGAAUGCUGGAGCAAUCUGAAAUCUCAUAAAUGUGUGAAUACUUAGAGUCCCUUCUUCACAUUUGCUGUGGUAUGGCCUCUCUGAACUUCCACAGAACCAGCAACUGAUGGCAGGGCAUUUACCCAGGAUUCAGAGAAGGUAAAAUGACCGAGAGCACACAGCCCGGAGCUGUCUGUGACAGCUUUACUAGAAGGAAAGGAGGGAGGUUGGAGACUGUCUGAAUACCUCAGCUGAGAAGACAGAAGAGAUGCAGAGUUCCUGCUCAGGGGCUCUGAGACCCUGGCUCUCCCACUCUCUCCUGAUAUCGGGAAGGUUCCAACCUCCCUAUCUGACAGCCAAUGCCACAGGGCUGGGAACGUUACUCUAAUGAGUAAGCUCUGUGAGGACUGUCACCUACACCAACCAGCCCAGGAGGUGAGAACCAAACAGUACAAGAAGGCUCCAGCCCUGGGGAUACUCAGGGAAAUGAGACAUGGGGGUACUCGGUAUUCAGGUUAGUGACCUUUUGAGCACACCUGGAAACACUGCCUCAUGUCACCGUCUGAGGGUAAGGCUGGCUGCUAACCCCAGCCGAAAUAUCUAGUGGCCGGUCGAGGAUGGAUAGAAUGCAGCCAAUACCCUCUGUGCUCAGCCACCAGUGUGAGAGGAACACUGGCCUCUGAGGAGGAGGUGGGACGUUGGCAUUUGGAUGGGUGACAAGAGCUAUGGCAGCGGAGCCCUGGGGGACAUCUUGGAGGACAUGCUCUCUGGCAGCUGCAGCUAUACCUGAUGCUUCCCAGUAUCCCCAGAAGCUUCUCUCGUCAAGUUGCAAGACGGCCAUUCUGCCUCCUCUAAGCUUGUAUCUGCACCGCUGCUGUCGGAAUCUGGAAGCAAAGAAAACCUCAAUCUCACAGGCACUUUUGGGUCUCACUUGAGACAUGUCUGCCUAUGGUAAACAUCCCUGUUGGUUCAAAAAUGUUGCCCUGGAGCCGGGAAGUUGGUUUAAGGGUCAAGAGUGCUUACUGCCUGUGCUGGUUUGAGUAUGCUUGGCCCAGCGAGUGGCACUAUUAGAAGGUGUGGCCUUAUUGGAAGAAGUGUGUCACUAGAGGGUGGGGGUGAGCUCUGAAGCCCCAUCCGGUGCGUAAGAGACAGUCUCCUACUGGCUUCCUUUGGAUAAAGAUGUGGAACUCCCAGUUCCUCUAGUGUUAUCCCUGUCUGCAUAUUGCCAUGCUUCCUGCCAUGACGAUAGUGGACCAAACCUCUAAACUUGUAAGCUAACCUUUAAUUAAAUGUUGUCCUAAGAGUU